UCGUCCCGAAUUGUUUAAUUCAAAGUAAUAAAAGCUAACCUUAAAACAUGUUAAAAAGAACCAGCAGAGAUUAGACAAAAAAGUGAGAGAGAUCGCCUUCGUGAAUCGUUCUAGUGUAAAGUUAUGUUUCUAAUUUGUUAGUAAAUAUUUUAGUUCAAACGUCAGAAUAUCCUAGUCUUAUUAGUCGACAUGUCUCCGUACUACCAGUCAGUGUUAUUAUUCCUUAGUUCAUUUUUACUGGCAUCAGCUAGCGAGUUAGAUUACGAUGGUUGGCUGCAAAUUAGACUGUCCCAUGCUCUGAGUUCCAAAACACAAUCAGAUUUCACAGAGAGGGGUAACAUUACAGUUUCCAGUAUACGCAGUGGAUCUUUUGUAAUAACCCAGCCAGCGUUGACUGCCGUUGACCAGAACAAAUUAUUGAAACUUGCUGCUAAUAAUCACAAGUAUUUAUUACGAGCAACAAUUAAGACAUCAACUGGAAGUGAAACUUCUUUCUUGGCUUCUAUUUUAGCUUGUAAUUUAGUUGGCUCUGAUCUUCAAGACUCCAUUCACGUGUGGUUGGACAGCACAGGUGAACCUGUAGCAGUUAAUAUACUGGCCAAGGGUCCUUGUGUACAAGAUUCAAGAGGUUCUUUUAAUAAUAAAUUUAUGACUGAUGUUGAAAUCAGAUAUCCUGAUGGUGGUCCAGCACCUGACACAUUUUCUUACAUACAAAAAAUUGAAAAGGAAAAGCAGGCUAGGGAAAGCGGAGAUGCAAAAUACAAUAAUAAAACUUUCUUUGCUAAAUAUUGGAUGUACAUAGUACCAGCAGUCAUAUUCUUUGUGUUGUCAUCUGCUACCAACCCAGAUGCUGCAGGUGGUGGUAAUGGUGGUGGUGGUGGUGCUGCUGCUAUUCAAAGACAGUAAUCAUUUACAACUUGUUUAACUUGUGUUUAGCAAGUCUUUAUUUUGUACAUUUUCGUGCACUUUGUGAAAAAGAGAGCAAGGCCACUAAUAUGGCCAUUAUCAACAAUUACAAGACUAUUGAAAGAGUCAAGGAAUAUUCAUUGUGAUUAUUUUUAUUUCACCAUCACAAUAAUGCAAGGAAAAUCUGUGCUCAAUUAUGACUAUAAACGAAAUAAAGUUUAUACUGUUUAAUUUCGUACUUUCUUCAAUGCUGUCUUUGACUUAAAAACACGUUUUAUCUUUUAUUGACUUGUUAUUUUUUAAUUGUAUGAACCACUGAGGCUUAUUUUUCAUUCAA